CCCAUAGAAUCCACGGUCUCACUGUCACUCGUUUCGUCUCAUCCCAAAUCUUUACUACAAAAACAAAACCAACCAUUCCGCAUUUUCCUUUUGCAUUGUUUUUUUCCUCUGCACAAAAAAUGGCUUCUUCAGUUCUCUCUGUAGCAGCUUCACACUCUGCUUCACUUCCAUUGCAUGAAACCACCAUCAAGGGAAAGAUCAAAAUUGGAAGAAACGGUUUGAGAUUUAGCCAGUCUUCUGGUCGGAUCUCUAUGGUUGCUGCGGUUAAUGUUUCUCGGUUUGAGGGUAUACCGAUGGCUCCUCCUGAUCCGAUUCUUGGUGUUUCUGAAGCAUUUAGAGCAGAUACGAGUGAUGUUAAGCUCAAUCUUGGAGUUGGAGCGUAUAGAACGGAAGAACUACAGCCGUAUGUGCUUAAUGUUGUUAAAAAGGCGGAGAAUCUUAUGCUGGAGAGAGGGGAAAACAAAGAGUAUCUCCCUAUUGAAGGUUUGGCUGCAUUUAACAAGGCGACUGCAGAACUGUUACUCGGAGCAGACAAUCCAGCAAUCAAACAACAAAGAGUUGCCACUGUCCAAGGUCUUUCCGGAACUGGUUCUCUGCGACUUGGUGCAGCUUUCAUAGAACGAUAUUUCCCCGAGGCAAAAGUUUUGAUAUCAAAUCCUACGUGGGGUAACCACAAGAAUAUUUUCAACGACGCCAGAGUACCAUGGUCUGAGUACCGAUACUAUGAUCCCAAGACAGUUGGAUUGGAUUUUGAGGGCAUGAUAGAGGAUAUCAAGUCAGCUCCCGAAGGAACUUUUGUGUUACUUCAUGGAUGUGCUCAUAACCCUACUGGUAUUGAUCCAACACCAGAACAGUGGGAAAAAAUAGCUGAUGUAAUUCAACAAAAGAACCACUUUCCAUUUUUCGAUGUUGCUUACCAGGGGUUUGCUAGUGGAAGCUUAGAUGAAGAUGCAGCAUCUGUGAGAUUGUUUGUGUCACGUGGCAUGGAGGUUUUUGUAGCUCAGUCAUACAGUAAAAAUCUCGGUCUGUAUGCUGAAAGGGUUGGAGCUAUCAAUGUCAUUUCCUCAUCACCAGAAUCUGCAGUAAGGGUGAAGAGCCAAUUGAAAAGGCUUGCUCGACCAAUGUACUCCAAUCCACCUGUUCACGGGGCUAGGAUUGUUGCUAAUAUUGUUGGGGAUCCAACUCUCUUUGGUGAAUGGAAGGCAGAGAUGGAAAUGAUGGCUGGAAGGAUAAAAACUGUUAGACAGGCGCUAUAUGAUAGUAUUUCUUCAAAAGACAAGAGUGGAAAGGAUUGGUCGUUCAUACUUAAGCAGAUAGGCAUGUUCUCAUUCACAGGCUUGAACAAGAACCAGAGUGACAAUAUGACAAAUAAGUGGCAUAUAUACAUGACAAAGGAUGGAAGGAUUUCCCUGGCAGGAUUGUCGCUGGCCAAAAGUGAAUACCUUGCAGAUGCUAUUAUCGAUUCUUAUCAUAAUGUCAGCUGAAACUCGGUGAGACGUGCUUUUGAAGCAAGCAUAUAUUUUUGGUGAGUAUUAUACCAAAUCAAAGUGAUCGGCACACAUGACAAUAAUUCUACUAUGUAUGCAUUGAUUUUCAUACAUAUGUACCUGAUAGUCCCUUUGGGAAUUCUGUUGUAACCUUAAAUAAGUUGAGUCAAAGUGUUGAUGUAUACAUUUAUAGUAUGUUUUUUAUUGUUGUAACUCUACUGCAGUCAAUCAUUUGACAUUAUUGGUUCUUCUAAA